AUGGCGUUUGUCGUCGCGCAGAGCCCGCUGUACCGCUACGCUGGUCUCCAUAUCGGUGGCGUGCUCGACAAACAUUUUGCCAGAACGUGCUCGCAGGCGUCCGCUCGCCCCGAAGUUCAGGAUCCCGCUAGCGUUCCGGUGUCCAGGUGA